UGCUGCCGGACGCUCUAGGCCGUUCGCUCCAACCCCCAGCAACUGGGACUGCGGACUCCGUGACCCUGUCCUCGGGCCUAUCCGGCCCGGAGCAGCCCGGAACUGCGCAGCGCCCCGCGUGCCGACAUGGGAAAGUCUCUUUCUCAUUUGCCUUUGCAUACAAGUAAAGAAGAUUCUUAUGAUGGAAUCACAUCGACUGAAAACAUGAGAAAUGGACUGGUUAAUAAUGAAGUCCAUAAUGAAGAUGGAAGAAAUGGAGAUGUCUCUCAGUUUCCAUAUGUGGAAUUUACAGGAAGAGAUAGUGUCACUUGUCCCACUUGUCAAGGAACAGGAAGAAUUCCUAGGGGGCAAGAAAACCAGUUGGUGGCAUUGAUUCCAUAUAGUGAUCAGAGAUUAAGACCAAGAAGAACAAAGCUGUAUGUGAUGGCAUCUGUGUUUGUCUGUCUGCUCCUUUCUGGAUUGGCUGUGUUUUUCCUUUUCCCUCGCUCUAUCGACGUGAAAUACAUUGGCGUAAAAUCAGCAUAUGUCAGUUAUGAUGUUCAAAAGCGAACUAUAUAUUUAAAUAUCACAAACACAUUAAAUAUAACGAAUAAUAACUAUUAUUCUGUUGAAGUUGAAAACAUCACUGCUCAAGUACAGUUUUCAAAAACAGUUAUCGGAAAGGCACGCUUAAACAACAUAACCAAUAUUGGUCCACUUGAUAUGAAACAAAUUGAUUAUACAGUACCUACUAUUAUAGCAGAAGAAAUGAGUUAUAUGUAUGAUUUCUGCACACUUAUAUCCAUCAAAGUGCAUAACAUUGUACUCAUGAUGCAAGUUACCGUGACAACAACAUACUUUGGCCACUCUGAACAGAUAUCCCAGGAGAGGUACCAAUAUGUCGACUGUGGAAGGAACACCACUUACCAGCUCGGGCAAUCUGAAUAUCUAAAUGUUCUUCAGCCACAACAGUAAAAACUGAAGGAAGUGAAACUAGAGAAGACAGUAUACUCAAAUAUUUUCCAAACUCUCAAGAAGGAGGUAUUUCCUAAUAGGAGAUCUUAAGUUGAACAAACCUAAAGUUUACACUUCUAUUUUAAGAGUUUGGUUAAAAGUAUGUGGACUUGAAAUUAUUGCAUCUCUCCAUUCUGUGUUAAUGAUAUAUUUGUACCAGGAUCUGUUACUUGAAUAUGAAUUUACUGAUUCGGUUUCUUUUCCCCUGACACAAAGGGAAAAACUGAGACUUCUAUACUAUACUUAAUAAUUGUUUAAAAGUCAUAGCUCCAAUUCAUACCUUUACUGACAACAUGACUUUGGUGUUAAACAUAAUUUAAGAAACUUAUGUUCUGAAUGUUUUUAUAGAAAAUUACUGAAAGCCUAUUAUUCAUGGAAAACUUUUAAAAAUAAUCAUUUUUUCCUAUUUUAUAAAUUCCCAUUACUACAUGGUAGUAUUUCAACUACACAGUAUUUUGGCUUUUAGCUAAAUAUUUUUAGCUUUUAAUUUGUUGAAAUUCUACUCAUUUGCAUGAUUUUGUCUUAUUUCAAACUAGUGAUUGUCUAAUACUUACCAACCAAAAUAAUCUUUGCAAAAUUCUGCACCUAAAAUUAUUAAAAACUUCUGAAGUGUUUCAUGUGUCUUCCCUUAUUAGUUAUAGUUUUGUGAAAUUUUCCUGUGAUCUUUAAACAUAGUCCUUUAAUGUACAAUAUUGUAAAUAAACUAUGCAUGGCUUUUUAUCAGGUUUAAUAAACAUCAAAUGAAGUGGUACAGGUUCAAAAUUUAAGCAAGUUGAUCAUAAAAAUAAAGAAAAUAGGAAAUGAAAUUCAGAAACCUAUACAGUGUGAAUAGAUACCAAUUAUAUGUUAGAUCUGGCAUAAAACAGAUUUGAAAUAAACUAUUUUGAUGCUUCACUUUUUUUAUGUUGCUUUCCAUACUAAAAAAAUGUUGCAGACACUUUUCACAACUAAUAGGUACCCAGUUGCCAAUUUUAUGAAUGUUGUAGAUAUGGAAAUUAUUUCUUUGAUAGAAAUUAUUCAAGAAAUUCUGCCAUUAAAUAGCCAUGGCUAUAUAAAAAUAAAACCUAU